AUGACUUCUGAAUUUAAACUCGCCGAAAAAGACCAUGAAAGAGAUUCCCAGUUUGCUAAGGCUCUUCAUGGUGAAUCCUACAAGCAAACUGGUUUGAGAGCUCUUCUUUCUAAGGCUAAGGACGCGUCAUCGGUGGCCACUAACGGUUAUUUCAAGCACUGGGACGGUGGUGUUUCCAAGGAAGACGAGGACAAACGUCUCGGAGACUACUCCCAGUUGACUGCACACUACUACAACUUGGUGACAGAUUUCUACGAGCAUGGAUGGGGCUCUUCAUUCCAUUUUUCACGUUAUUAUAAAGGUGAAGCUUUCAGACAAGCUACUGCUCGUCACGAGCAUUUCUUGGCUUUGAAGAUGCAGCUCAACGAGAACAUGAGAGUGUUGGAUGUUGGAUGUGGUGUUGGUGGACCGGGUAGAGAAAUUUGCCGUUUUACCGACUGUACCAUUGUUGGAUUGAACAACAACGACUACCAAAUUGAGCGUGCUAACCAUUACGCCCAAAAGUACAAGUUGGAUCACAAAUUGUCGUAUGUCAAGGGUGACUUCAUGCAAAUGGACUUUGAGCCCGAACUGUUCGACGCCGUUUAUGCUAUUGAAGCCACUGUGCAUGCUCCAGUGUUGGAAGGUGUCUACUCUGAAAUCUACAAGGUUUUGAAGCCUGGUGGUGUGUUUGGUGUCUACGAAUGGGUUAUGACCGACAAGUACGACGAGACCAAUGAGGAACACCGUAAGAUUGCCUAUGGUAUUGAAGUGGGAGAUGGAAUUCCAAAGAUGUACAAGCGUGAGGUUGCCGAACAAGCUUUGAAAAACGUGGGUUUCGAGGUUGAAUACCAAAAGGACUUGGCUGACAAGGACGACGAAAUUCCUUGGUACUACCCAUUGUCAGGUGAGUGGAAAUAUGUCCAAACUUUGGGCGACUACUUUACUGUUUUCAGAACCUCUAAGAUUGGUCGUACCGUCACUACAGGUUUGGUGGGUAUGUUGGAGACUGUUGGCUUUGCACCAAAGGGCUCAAAGAAUGUUACCUAUGCAUUGGAGGAUGCAGCUGUCAACUUGGUUGAAGGCGGACGCCAAAAGUUAUUUACCCCUAUGAUGUUGUACGUUUGCAGGAAGCCUGAGAAUGCUUCUCAUUAA